AUGAGAUAUGCAGUGGCAAUAAAUGAUUAUGAAACUAGAAAUGAUGUGAUCUAUUAUAACUUCCAAAUCAAUUGUUAAAAAGGCUUUAAGAGUGUCUACAAGAGAUAUUCUGAUUUAAACGCUUUGAACGAACUACUAUAAUAAAAAAAUAAUGAAUUCAAGCUGAAUUUAACACUUCCAAGAUUUCCAAAAAAGAAAAUAUUUGGGAGAACCAAAAAUUCCCAAAGUGAUGUUAAGAAUAGAGCCUAAGAAUUGCAGUAAUAUUUAGAAGCCAUUCUCAAUAUGCCAACCAUAUGGUCAUUUCAAUUUAUACGAGAAUACUUGCCUAAAGUGCAACUUAUGGAGGAAACAUGUAGAUUAGAAUAAAUCAACACUGAAUAUUCAAAAGACUUGUGCUGGUUGCAGAUGGAUGAGCUGAAGAAAUCAUUUCUACAAAGGCAAGAGCUGUUCCAAUCAAAUAAAAAAAAUAAGCAAAAAGGAAACAACAAUUCUGGGUAUUAUCAGAGAUAUCAUUUUACAAUAAACGAGUUUACAAUUCAAAAAGAUUUUGUUCAAUAUCACAUCAUUUUAACAGACACUAAGAAGACAACUAAAUAUCAAUUUGAAACCAGAUACAGCAACCUUAGGGAUUGCCAUAAUUUGUUAGAAAAAUAUUAAUUCAAAAAUUGUCUGCCUCAAUUUCCAAAAAGAAGAUUGAUAGGAUAGACUAUUGAUAAUCCUUAACAGAUCUAAGAUAGACAAGAAUAAUUAUAGAGAUAUUUAAAUCAAAUAUUUAGUGUUUAAGAAUUUGUUGAAAGUGAGCCCAUGGUGUAUUUCAUCACAAGAAUCAAGUUAGAAGGCAAACCUAUUAGAUAAGGAUAAGCAGAAAGAGUAAGCUAGUUUUCCUAGUAAGUAAUUGGAUCUUCCUUCAAUGUAAGUUAAGGAAUGGAAGAACUUCGUUAAUAGAAAUCAUUUUGA